AAAUGCUCUGGAACGUGUCAGGGCAGAAUGAAAGACGGGAAAAUGGAUCCUGUGUAUGAAUAAAAAUAUCUUCACAUUUUCUAACAGCGGGUGUGAUCUGUUGCAAACUCUGUUCUUUUGUUUUUCAGGCACUUAACUGGACAUGAGUGGGAUGGCAUCAGAUCACAACAAUUCUUCCCAGGAGGAAUACAUCCCACACUAUCUCCAAAAGGAAGACCCCUUUGCAUCAAAGCUCUCUAGAGAAGCUGACAUCAUAGCUGGCUUUUAUUUGACAAUAAUUGGGAUCCUUUCAACUCUGGGAAAUGGGUAUGUUAUUUUUAUGUCCUCAAAGCGAAAAAAAAAGCUGAGACCUGCUGAGAUAAUGACUGUUAAUUUAGCAGUGUGUGAUCUGGGCAUUUCAGUUGUAGGCAAACCCUUCAGCAUCAUCUCCUUCUUCUGCCACCGCUGGAUGUUUGGGUGGAUUGGCUGCCGCUGGUAUGGGUGGGCUGGUUUCUUCUUUGGCUGUGGGAGCCUCAUCACCAUGACAGCUGUCAGCCUGGACAGGUACCUGAAAAUCUGCCACUUGUCUUAUGGUACCUGGCUUAAGAGGCACCAUGCAUUUAUCUGCCUGGCAAUAAUUUGGGCCUAUGCUACGUUCUGGGCUACAGUGCCUUUUGCUGGGGUGGGAAGCUACGCCCCUGAGCCCUUUGGGACCUCCUGCACUCUGGACUGGUGGCUGGCACAGUCUUCAGUGGCUGGACAGGCUUUUGUUCUGAGCAUCCUUUUCUUCUGCCUCCUGUUCCCAACUGCAGUGAUUGUAUUUUCCUACGUCAAAAUAAUUUUAAAAGUCAAAUCAUCCACCAAAGAAGUUGCUCACUACGAUACCAGGAUUCAGAACAGCCACAUACUUGAAAUGAAGCUGACCAAGGUGGCAAUGUUGAUCUGCGCAGGGUUCCUCAUUGCCUGGAUCCCUUACGCCUUGGUCUCGGUCUGGUCAGCUUUUGGACGGCCAGAUUCAGUCCCCAUCCAGCUCUCAGUGGUACCAACACUGCUUGCGAAGUCAGCAGCCAUGUACAACCCCAUCAUUUACCAGGUCAUUGACUGCAAGUUUGCCUGCUGCCGCUCAGGAGGGCUGAAGGCCAAGAGCUCUUUGAAGAAAUCAAGGACAUACACCAUAUCUGCACACAGAGACUCCACGGUGAUGAAUGAAACCCAGCUGGAAGCAUGA